AUGUACACCAACCCCAUCUUGCCAGGGUUUAAUCCCGAUCCCUCGAUCAUUCGGGUCGGAAGGGACUUUUUCAUCGUAACCUCCUCCUUCGAAUACUUCCCCGGGGCGCCGAUCUAUCAUAGCACAGAUCUUAUUCGGUGGACUCUCAUCGGCCAUGCCCUUACCCGACCCAGUCAAAUCCAGAUCCAGACCCCCGAGCCGGGUGGUGGAGUGUGGGCCACUACCUUGCGGUAUCAUGAUGGGGUCUUCUAUGUCCUUGCCGCUUGCUUCCAGCGGUAUCGGCCUCAAGAGGAUGACCGCGUCUGGCCGCGCGGGUUCUAUGUCAAGACCACGGACAUCUGGAACUCGGAGUCAUGGUCGGACCCGGUGUAUUUUGACCAAGUUGGUUUUGAUCAGGACCUGUUCUGGGAUGACGAUGGCUCCGUCUAUCUUUCGUCCACUUAUCGCAAGCUUGAACGGACCCCCAACGCAAACCUCAAGGAUUUUGCAAUUCACAUUGUCACCGUGGACUUAGAGACAGGGUCCUCGACCUCGGAGCCUAAGCUAAUCCGAGAGUCAACCUCAGGUGUCGCGGAGGGAUCGCAUAUCUUCAAGCGGGGCCCAUACUAUUAUCUAUUCACGGCGGAGGGCGGCACUGAGAGUGGGCAUUGCGAAUGGGUCAGUCGUAGCACGACGAGCCCAUUUGGGCCAUGGGAAGUCGGACCGGCAAAUCCUCUCUGGCGAAACGGGACAGAUGACAGUGUCCAAAACACAGGGCACGCAGACCUGGUGGAAGAUGCGCAGGGGCAAUGGUGGGCUGUUUUGCUGGGAGUACGACCGAUUCAGAAGGAUGGAGGAUGGGAGGAAUCAGUCUUUGGACGCGAGACCUUUCUUGUUCCCGUUGACUGGGAGAAUGACUGGCCCAUUGUCAAUCGUGGCCAGAAGAUCCCUCUUCAAUCGGAUAGCCCCCAUCUGUACGAGCUUUCCAUCCCAGUUGCCUGGUGUGAUCAAUUCUCGGACCGUGGCUUGCAGCUUGGGUGGUAUCGCAAAAACACGCCCGUCGUCCGCGACUAUUCUCUCACGGAACGACCCCAUCACCUUCGCCUCUACGGUGGUCCGUACAAUCUCUCCGUCCCGGCAUGCCCGACGCUCUUUCUUCGAAAACAAACGCACCGAUUCUGUACUUGGGAGACGCGGCUUUCGUUCCACCCAACGAAUACUGCCUCUGAGGCAGGGACUGUUGUCUGGUGGAAUUAUCUGACGUAUAGCAGCAUCGGGAUUCGUCGCCGUGAGGACGGGAGACGAUUUGUUCGGCUGCGACUUGUCCAUGGGGAUCCGGUGGACAGCGAUCUACACCAUUCGCAGUCGGACGUCCGUUUUAUAGUCGAGUGUGGAGACCGCUACCGCUUUGGAAUCCAGGAGAUCCCCAAUGACGAGUCACUGGAGGAUCCUGUCCGAUGGUUAGGUGAAGUGGACAACCGUAGCAUGACUGCAGCACCGGCAGUGGGAGCCGCCUUCACGGGGAUGAUGCUGGGGUUGUACGCAUUUGGGGAGCGGCAACGCUGCUUAGUUCCGGCCGACUUUCAGUAUGCGCGGUGGAGAUAG